GGACAGGGGGGUGGCUCCGUCCCACGAGGCACGUGGACUCACGGCCCCUUCCCCUGUCUGUCUCCCGUCCCCAGUUUGGCCUUGGAAGAACGCUGCCCUUCCUCGGAAGGAGGAGGAGGAAGAUGACCAGGCUCCGGGAGGCGGUGACCUUCCAGGACGUGGCCGUGGUCUUCAGCGAGGAGGAGCUGCGGCUGCUGGUUCCUGCGCAGAGGGCGCUGUACCGCGAGGUGAUGCUGGAGAACUUCCGGAACCUGCUGUGCGUGGGGCAUCAGUCCUUCAAGCCAGAUGUGAUCUCCCAGUUGGAGAGAGAGGAGAGGCUUCGGGUGCAGGAGAUCCAGACCCAAAGAGGAAGCAAGAAUGGAAACAAGACGGGGACGUGUCAUGAUGCGGAAUCGAGGUGCCUGGCUCUGGGGGACCUUUCAUGCUGGCGCAUCGAGCGACGUCCUGGAAGCCAGUUACCUGGAAGUCAGGACUCCGUGGUAGACGUGCGUGGAAGGAGCUCUCGGCUCCCCAGGCCAGAUCGCGGCCCCUGUCGGCUGGGAACAGGACAGUCCCCUCGGGCGUCUGCAGACGGCGGCUGUGUAGGGGAUCUUCCAGGGGAGCUUUCUACUAUUGGAGACCAGGAGUUUGUACCCGGGGGUGCUUGCAAUUCCCGGACUAAAAUCUCCCUGGGUGAGACGCAGAAUUGCCAGACGAGGUGUCCACAGACGCAGGGGAGGAGCAGAGGGCGCAUACUGGCUCCACGUGUCGACCUCUUGAGUUGCAUUUCACGCCACCACGCCGACACCCACGAAGGCGAGGAGGCCCGCGGCCUGCAGGGCCCGCCUCCCAGCCAGCACGGUAUUCGCCCAGGACAGAAGCCCCACCCGCGUGAGGAGUGCGGGAAGGCCUUCAGCGAGAGCCGGAGCCUGGCCCUCGGGCAGCAGGUGCCCCUGGCGACCGAGUCCCCUGCCUGCUGCAAACCCGAGGAGGGCGCCGGCUCCGCCUCCGCCACGCCCCUUCAGGCCAGCGUGCGCGCGGGGAGAAAGCGCUACUGGUGCCACGAGUGCGGGAAGGGCUUCAGCCAGAGCUCGAACCUGCAGACGCACCAGCGCGUGCACACCGGGGAGAAGCCCUACACGUGCCACGCGUGCGGGAAGAGCUUCAACCAGAGCUCCCACCUCUACGCCCACCUGCCCAUCCACACGGGCGAGAAGCCCUACAGGUGCGAGGUGUGCGGCAAGGGCUUCAGCCGCAGCACGGACCUCAGCAUCCACUGGCGCGUGCACACCGGGGAGAAGCCCUACACGUGCGAGGUGUGCGGCAAGGGCUUCACGCAGCGGUCGCACCUGCAGGCGCACGAGAGGAUCCACACCGGGGAGAAGCCCUACAGGUGCGCGGACUGCGGGAAGCGCUUCAGCUGCAGCUCCAACCUGCACACGCACCAGCGCGUGCACACGGAGGAGAAGCCCUACCGCUGCGAGCAGUGCGGCAAGUGCUUCAGCCUGAGCUUCAACCUGCACAGCCACCGGCGCGUGCACACGGGCGAGAAGCCCUACCGCUGCGGCGAGUGCGGCAAGGGCUUCAGCUCGGCCUCCAGCUUCCAGAGCCACCAGCGCGUGCACACCGGCGAGAAGCCCUUCCGCUGCAGCGUGUGCGGCAAGGGCUUCAGCCAGAGCUCCUACUUCCAGGCCCACCAGCGGGUCCACACCGGCGAGAAGCCCUACAAGUGCGACGUGUGCGGGAAGCGCUUCAACUGGAGCCUGAACCUGCACAACCACCAGCGCGUGCACACCGGGGAGAAGCCCUACACGUGCGAGGAGUGCGGCAAGGGCUUCAGCCAGGCCUCCAACCUGCAGGCGCACCAGAGCGUCCACACCGGCGAGAAGCCAUUCAAGUGCGGCGUGUGUCAGAAGCGGUUCAGUCAGGCCUCGCACCUCCAGGCCCAUCAGAGAGUCCACACUGGGGAGAAGCCCUACACGUGCGACACCUGCGGCAAGGCCUUCAGCCAGAGGUCCAACCUGCAAGUGCACCAGAUCAUCCACACAGGGGAGAAGCCGUUCAAGUGUGAGGAGUGCGGGAAGGAGUUCAGCUGGAGCGCCGGCCUCAGUGCGCAUCAGCGCGUGCACACGGGGGAGAAGCCCUACACGUGCCAGCAGUGUGGCAAGGGCUUCAGCCAGGCCUCGCACUUCCACACGCACCAGCGGGUCCACACCGGGGAGAGGCCGUACAUCUGUGACGUGUGUUGCAAGGGCUUCAGCCAGCGGUCACACCUCGUGUACCACCAGCGGGUCCACGCGGGGCCGUGAGGCGCGGCGCAGGGGUGUGGUGACGGGACGCCAGUCGGCCGUGGGGAGUUCCUGCAGCACCGUGAAAUGUCGGAGCCCUCGGGGAGAAACUCAAGGCUGCGUUUCAGGGACUGGGUUGAGAUGAAUUCUCUGCAAACAUCCGAUUUCACGGAUGAGAGAAACUGGGUUUUAGCAAUGUGAUGUUUUAAUCAAGUGCCCACAUUCUCAAGAUACAAUAGGGCAGAGGCAUCUUAACACUGUCACGCCUACCCAGGGCAGGGGCCUUAGAAAUAAAGAUCGUGGGCAGGACUUCAGUGAUUGACAAAGCCGAUGGCAACUGAAAUGUAACUUCCGUGUAGGGAAAGGAUUCUCACCGCUGUGCCUCCACCAUGUAGAAUUGUGCUUGGCUUAUAAUACAGCCGGCAGCUCCUGAGGAAGGUGAAGGAAGGCUCCAAGUACUCAAUUCCAGUCCAGCCCCUACCCUAAGUUCACAGCUGUAUUCAGAAGAAAGCCUGCAAGUAGCCUUAACAUUUUCAGGAAAUACUAAACUAUAGGAAAUCUUGUAAUGAUGCCGGAAAUAACAAAUCUGGACGAAAGACUUGUGGAUGACUCCCUUCCUUCCAGCCUUGGUUCUUUGUAGAGUGUAUCAUCAGUUACACAGAAUGAAUUUUAAUAUUCAUUUGUAUCUUACAGAAAAAAUACUUUUUAAUAUAAUUUGGCACUACAAUUUAUAUGAGUGGCAUUUUUGAACCAUACUUCAUUAAAGGUAGGAUUACUAUAACUUUUAAAGUGUUAUAAGUAGUUACGGAUGACAGAGUUUCUUAGUAAACUUCAGUUGUUAGGAAUUCCCGUCUUCUCAUUAUUUCCAUUCCGCUUGGCUCCUAUAACAUUCCUAGAAGUCCUUGCUCCAGGACCUUCUGAGUGAGAAGGGGUCUUGGCGGAGUUGAAGGGCACGGGUUCUGUCCCAUUCCUCACUCCUAUGACCAUGCUUCCCCUACAGGGGAGGGAGGGAGACAGGACACCUGUUGGGUUUGGAUGGAAAUGUCAGUUAAACAUAGAAGGGUGCAGCCAUUAAAGCGACGGUGCAAAACGCUAACAGGAAAAGGACUCACGUUAUGAAAAAGCCAAGCUGUGGCCAUCCGCAUAGGGAUAGUGCAUGGAAGAAUAUUAAUUGCUAACAACGGUUGAACAGGGAGGGCUGAAUUUUUUUUCAAGAAAUUACUCACAGGGACUGUUAACAGCUGGACCAAAGCAGUGGAACUGUGUGUCAGUGAAAGUCCUUGCACAUCUGUACCAUAACGGCGUUCUCUUCCACGCCACGUGAACGUGUAUGGAUGCUCACUGUGCCGUUUCUGACAGCCAGCGAUUGACAGACUCACAGAGUGCAGUGUGCGGACUCAGCUGAGGGAGGAUGGAUCGUAACUGCUGACCUUGUUAGGUACUUAGAGUAUGAUCAUGUAUGUGAUAAAUGUAUAUGUUACUGUUAAAGGACUAAUUUUUAUGCUUCUAAAUCUUUAUUUUCAGUGCAUUCUAGCCAUCAGGACAGAAAGAAUAAUAUGAAGAAUUCCCAUAUAUACUUGGGGUCUCUAAUGUGAUCGGUAAGAUAUGCUUGUUUGCACCUGCAGCUGGUUCAGCGCCAGAACCUUAUCUUCCCCUUACAGACGGCUGCACUGCUGGUCAAAGUAGGGCUGUCGAGGCCGUAAUGCCAACACUGCUUUUUAGAAUCCCAGAAACGUCAGGCUUUCAGAAUCGGCCAUUUGCUACAGGAGGGCGUCUGAAGCAGGCCCGAGCAGUUGGGGACACUGUGGUACAGGUGCGUUACUCCAUAGAAAGGACCUAUGAGGGCAACUUUAAAAGUUUAUGGAAAUGAUGGAAUGAAAGCACUUUGGUACAAGAAAUUUUGAAAUUCAUGCAUAGUUUUUAGUGUGCAUUUCCAUGAACUUUUUGAAGGCUGUUCAGGUGUCUAGAGAGAGUGUAAGAACCCUGGGAAUAUUUUAAAUGUGCCUUGAAACAGGGACUUCCACUUGUGAUAGGUGAGCAGUUUUAGUUCCUGUUGUACCAGAAUUCCAGCUGACAUCAAACGAACUCCAGACCGAAUAUUAAAUGUUUCACAUAUUUGCAGUUUGAAACGUAUGUAUUGAUGUGAUAUAGGAACCACACGUACAUUUUCCUGCGUCUGUGUGCUCAUCCUGCAGCUCCUCCAUGUGCCUGGUUCCAGGACCGCGUCCUCUUGUGUACUCGGAGUCUUUUCUAAAACUUCGGAUGCUACAGA